GAAUUAAUGCAAAAAUGUUGGCAUCCUGAUCCAAAUAAAAGACCACCAGUCACUGACUUAGAAUAUAAGAUUCGCAAACUUUUGCUGGAAGAUCCAUGUAAAAUUAUGAAAUCACCAGAUAUUGGGCCUAUAACAAAUAAUCCGCAUGCUAUCUAUAAAAGCAAGACCUUUAAAAAUUUAAUAAGUCAAAAUAUUACCUUAGAAUUUA